AUGGCUUCACGGAAGAAGGUCCUUCUGAAGGUGAUUAUUCUCGGCGAUAGUGGGGUCGGCAAGACCAGUCUUAUGAACCAAUAUGUAAACAAAAAAUAUAGCGCCAGCUACAAGGCCACUAUCGGUGCAGAUUACCUUUCGAAAGAAGUCCUGGUCGAUGAUCGAUUGGUAACCAUGCAGCUUUGGGACACUGCUGGUCAAGAAAGAUUUCAGUCAUUAGGAGUCGCUUUUUAUCGGGGAGCAGACUGCUGCGUACUAGUAUAUGAUGUUAACAAUUCGAAGAGCUUCGAGAACCUUGACAGCUGGCGCGAUGAAUUUCUUAUCCAAGCUUGUCCACGGGACCCCGAAAGCUUUCCAUUUGUGGUUUUGGGAAACAAAGUCGAUGUUGAUGAGUCAAAACGGAUGAUAUCCACGAAGCGCGCCUCGACAUAUUGCCAAUCCAAGGGGAACAUACCAUAUUUCGAAACUAGCGCUAAAGAGGCUAUUAAUGUCGAGCAAGCAUUUGAAACAAUUGCAAAAGUUGCUCUCACGCAAGAAGAAUCUGAAGAAUUUAAUGGUGAUUUUUCAGACCCCAUCAAUAUUCAUCUUGACAACGAUCGUGACGCUUGUGCCUGCUAA